AUGUUUGAACCUGUUCGAGGUGGUACUCGUGGUGGACAAGCAGAGUUCAAGUGGACAGACGUCUCGGCCGACAAAGACAGAGAGAACUACCUUGGCCACAGCAUAAACGCGCCAACUGGCCGAUGGCAAAAGAACAAGGAUGUCCAUUGGUACAGUCGUGAUUUAACACAAGCAGAGUCAGAGAGGGUAGAGGAAGUACGAAAGAUUAAAGAGUUGGAAGCCGACGCUCUUGCCGUUGCUUUAGGCUUUGAGCCGGCACCCAAAACUGCCAAACCGAGCGAAAGCGUUGCUUCAUCUCAAGAUGCGGCGGAAGGACAGGUCGUUCCUUCGGAGAAAGCUGCUGAAAAAGAAGAGCGACGAAGGAGGAAGGCGGAGCGGAAGGAAGAGAAGCGAGCGAGGAAGGAGCUGAAACGGUUGCAUCGCAAUGGGGUGCAUGACGGAGACGUUGCAUUGCACGAUGACGGUCACCGUCGUUCAUAUCGAAGUUCCCGUUCGCGAUCUCCCAGACCUCGUGUCACGGAACGUCAGGAGCAAUAUUCACGAAGACCUCGAAGCCGCACUCGAAGUCGGAGUCGCACACCUGUACGUGAAAGGCCUGGUCGACGGAUGGAGGAAAGCAGAUAUGGUCCUUACGAACGACAUGGAAGGAUAGACUCUGAUCGUAGGAGAGAUAGAUAG